CUGUUUAAUUAUAGUUGUUUAAUUGAAUUUAUUUUAAAAUUGUGCAUGCUUACGUUAAUCAUCCUUAGUUGUUUAAGCUAAAUCAGUUAAAAUCACGCUAUAAUUAGGGUGAAAUUUGUGAAAAAUGUAUUCUUUGACAAAACCACGAAUUGAAUCUUUAAAAUGUCGAGGAUCAAAUUGUGAAUAUUAUGGUAAUGCACAGUGGGAUCUAUACUGUUCAAAAUGUUAUCGAGAAAAAGUCAUGCGAGAGCGGAUAGUUGAGAGAAGGAAAGUUCCAGCUCAGCAACAACAACAAUUACAGCCACAGCCAAUAUCUCAUCAUUCUAGAUCCCCAGAACCACAUCAUUCGACUGUCAUUAUUAAUGACGAUAAAAAGUCAAAGAAGAGGAAUAUUUUAGAAGUAAUUACCUUUAAAAAAUCGCCAAAUACUGCUUCCAAAGAAAAAGAAAACAAGAAAAGUCAGCAGAGACCUGAAGUUCGUCAGCAUCAGCCGAUUGAGGCAAAUGAAGUAGCACAACUUGAAACAUUAAAGUCAUUAAAAAUUUCCGAUCGUGCACGUCGUGACUUUAAAACUCUGUUGAAAGCAUUAGAUAAGUCAAUAUAUCAAGCAUACCAUAGCAAUGCAUCAAUCGACCGUAUUUCUGAGAUUAUGCAAAAUGGUUAUGUGCGAUUUAAGGAUUUUAUGGAAACAAAAGAUUUGACAUUCUAUGAUGUUCCAACGGAAGUAAAGGAACAAGCACUGGAAUUUUUCGAAAAAUGUAUCAUGACUCAUCAUUAUAAAUAUUUAUUCUCGCCCCAAAACACUGACGACGAAGAGAAAGAUCAAGCUAUUCAUAAACGAAUCAGGCAAUUAAGUUGGAUUAAUGCGAAGCAUCUUGUGUGCAGCAUUGACGAAGUAAAUGCCGAAGUACGAGAUUUUGUUUAUUCAUCCAUCACGGAACUUGUUGCCAUGGAUUCUUUUGCUACGCCGCACGAAAAGCUCGAAUGCAUUGUUGCAUGCUGUCGUAAUAUUUUUACAUUAUUAAAACAGACAAGUGGUGGACCGGCUAGUGCUGAUGAAUUUCUUCCAGCUCUAAUAUUUGUCGUGCUCAAAGCUAAUCCAAUCAGAUUACAUAGUAAUCUUAAUUAUAUCAAUCGCUUUAGUAAUGCAACAUUUAUAAUGAGUGGAGAGAGUGGAUAUUACUUUACGAAUCUAUGCUGUGCUAUAAACUUUAUCGAGAAUUUAACAUAUGAAUCUGUGUCAUUGACAAAGGAGGAAUUUGAUGAUUUAAUGUCAAAUGAGAAUCAUAUCCAUUCUGCAUGGGAAAGUGCAUUAAUGGCAUGUGAAAGUCUCAAUAUAAUUAGUUCAAAUAUGAAAAUCAUGAAGGACUUGAACACUCGAAGUCAUCGAUUUGAUGAUGACAUUAAGUUGUUUAAGGUUGACAUGAAAGAGUUUAAGGAUGAUAUAUUGAAGAAAGUUUCAUCGCUAAUCAAAUCUAAGCCAUUAAAUAUCAAGCCAAUCAAAACUCCGUUUAAAGUUCGUUCAUUUUUAUCAGGAACUGGCAAUUUUAAUAUUCGUAGAAGUUCAUCAAGUGAUUCGUCAUCAGCUUUAGCAGCUGCUCGUCAAUUAAAGUCAAAUAUAGUCACAGCAACAGUUACGAGCGAUGAUAAGAAUUUAUUGCUACCAAAUGCGUCAAUGGACGAGACAAACUUUGAGUCUUUAGUACAAAAUCUCUCUGAUACACUUCAAAUGAGCACAACAGCUCAUGGAACGUCUGGAAUGUUGAGUACAAGUAAUUCAGCAGAUCUUCUUUCUAUUUCACCAAUAUUUGGUAAACCGAGUGUUUUCGAUUCAGCAAUAACGCCUGACAACGACCUUAUAAAAGGUAUUAGGAAUAUAAAUUAUGAUAUAAGUUAUGACAUUGAUAGUCCCGAGAAUUCAUUGGCUGAAGAAAUUGCACAAAUACGCAAGUAUACAAAUCUCGUUACUCAAAACACGGAACCAUCAAGUACAGCAACAAUGACAAUGAGUAAAUCUGAUCUCGAAGAAUUUGAUCCACUUAUGAUGAGAGAACAAAGAUCAACGAAUGUCUUAAAAGAAGCUGAUAAUUUAACAAAAAGCCUAAUUGAUGAUUCUCCCGAUGCUCCGAGUCUGUUGGAACAGCCAUUAAUGCCAAUCAAGUCAAAUCCACUGGCCGAAUAUAAAGGUCUUUCAAGUCAAUCAUCUCGAAUUCAAACAAUUUCUUGUGAAACUGGCCAACAUAGUUCCAACACUCAAAAGUAAGGACAAAAAUGUCAAACAUUAUUAAAUAUUUUUAAAAAAGCUAUAUUCAAUUCAAGAAAAAAUUAUAUAAAAUAAAAAAAUUAUUAAAUUCAAAAA